AACCCGCGUUCGUUUAGAGUUGCAAACGUUGACGACGAUGGUGUCGAACAAAAUUACGGAGUCCUGGAGGUUAGGGACAACGAUUUGUUAUUUCAUCAUUCCGAACAACCGGCCCCGAUUCGUUGGCCGUUAAAAAGUUUGCGAAGGUACGGUUUCGAUGGGGAUUUAUUUUCGUUUGAGAGUGGCAGAAGAUGUGCUACCGGACCUGGAAUUUAUGCAUUUAGGUGCGGCAGAUCCGAAUUAUUAUUUCAAUUAGUUCAGGAG